AUGGAGGCAUCGCUACUUGUACAGGUACAUACCUAGGUAUGUAAUAAUGAAAUACCAAUAAAGAAAAAUGGUAAUAAUUUCCAUAUCCUCCCAUACAAUAGAAUAGAAGAAAUGCAGUCCCUGGCCGGAAAGCAUUGCUUCAUCUCGGGCGGCAGCCGGGGUAUCGGAUUAGCCAUCGCCAAGCUCUUCGCCGCCCAGGGAGCAAGGUGCACCCUUAUCGGACGUAAUGAAGACACUCUCCUCAGUGCUGCAAAUUCUCUACACCGACAAGAAGGCUCCUUACAACAGCAUUCCACGGCCGCCUUCGACGUCUCGACGCAAAAUGGCUGGGAAAAGCUGACAUCCGAUCCCAAAUUACAAACCUGUGAUAUUCUCGUCAAUGCUGCUGGCAUUUCGCAGAACUCUUUCUUAUUCAACACUAGCAAAUCAGACGUGACUGACAUCAUUGCCACUAACCUCACGGGUACCAUAUGGGGUUGUAAAUACUUCAUACCCAAGAUGAUGAAGCAGAGAAAGGGUUGUAUUAUUAACGUGGCUAGUCUGCUAGCUACUCACGGGGGACGGGGGGCAAGUGUCUAUGCCGCGUCAAAAGCCGGCGUCGUCGGUCUAACGCGAUCUCUGGCCUGGGAAGUCGGCCGGUUUGGCAUUCGUGCCAAUGUCCUCCUGCCCGGAUAUAUCCAGACUGAUAUGACGAAAGACAUGGAUCGGAAAAAUGAGCUAUCUGCUCUCAUCCCUCUUGGACGCCUCGGUUUGGUCGAAGAGGUAGCAAAUGCUGCAUUAUUCCUAGCCCAAAAUUCCUACGCACACAACUGCGUGCUCAAUAUCGACGGAGGCUUAAGUGCAGCGUAAAUCUCGUUGAGUUCUCAUUUGCCAAAGGCGACGAACACUCAAUCGAUGAUUUCUAUCGCGCCGGUACCGGCGUCAUCAUCAAUAAUGACCACGUCAUCGUCAUUCUUCACCUUCUUGGCUGCUGGAGAUGCUCCAUCUUCCGUUAUUAAACGCUUCUUAGGGUCCUUAGGCUCUCCAUCAGCAGCACGCUUGCCAUUAGUCUGGCUAAUCCCGUUGCUCUGAAUAGUAAGCACCCUCUUCGGUUGACGAGGGAUGCUAGGUUCUUGGUCGACUUGGAGACCUUCAAUGGGUUUAUCCGCGAGCUUG